AUGCAGCAGGACAUGAAUUUGGAAAUAAAUAAACCUUCAAACUUAGAAAGCCAGAGGCAAAUACAAAAGGGUGAGACAUAUGACCACAACAAGAAAAUAGGAUCAACAAUCAAUAAGGGUCGUGAUCUUAGAGAGCAACAACUUCGUGCUAGAUUACUGGCCAGAAAGUAUGAAAUGUGCAAACUCACAAAGCUUAUAAGACUAGACUAUAUAAUCUUUCAGACAACAUUAAGGCAGAUAAGUGCACAUAAUGAUAACAAUGAUCUGCAGCAGGAGCAACAAUUGUCCUUUUCCUCGUCCGAAUUUGAGCUGAGAUUGCUCUUCUCAGACUAUGAAUCUAUGAAAUCCUAA